AAAGAGUUACAUUUCCUGGCUUGGUGAAAUAAUGCUUAACAGAUUUAUAGUAGUUUUAAUUGUUUUUUUUGGCGUCGGGUAUAUAGGCGCCUGCAUGACGACUAACUGUUCUAAGCAGUAACGAUAGGCAGCAGCAACAACAUGGACGAAGACACAAGAAAAAACUUAGCCGACUCUUUUUUGCGUGCGCCCAAUGAUGCGCAUACAACGAAUAUACCAGCGGCGCCCAAAUCAGCGCCUGAGAAAGCCCGCAAAACAGAGCUGCACGUUCUUCGACUCACCGACGAGUCCCAGCAGAUGACAAUGGACACAUUGCGCGCUAUACAUGGUCCGGAAUUUAGGCUGGACGACAUCAGCAAAUAUAAGGACCGUGGGCGCGGUGGUGGCGGUGUAAAACAUGCCUACUGGGAAGAUCGAGGUACCCUGAUGGUGCAAAGUGUUCAGGGAGUAAGCAAAAAAGCAAUCGGAGCUCAUACCGAUGAUGACAGGAUUCAUCGCUAUGCUCUGGCGAAAUUGGAGAACUACGGUUUUCAUCCGGAGCAUUGUCUCGAAGCAUACGAAUACUGUGACUAUGAUAUAGAAGCCGCACUGGUCUUGCUGUAUCGUCGCUACAUGCGUGUACCUGUUGAAGAGGCUCCAGCGUUGGAUCCACCAAGCGAUGCAGAGCUGCUCGACAUGCGUGCGGAUGAGAAGGAGGCCCUACAGUCCAUUUACGAAUGUGCGUACGAGGAGCGCGAACGCAAUAGAGUGUGGAAUCUAAAAUUUAAAAUCGAGCAUCUCCUGGUCCAUAGUCCGUCUGAGGUGCGUAAGGCACGCGAAGCGGCUGCUGCGGCGUCAGCAGCAGCAACUAAAACUGCCAUGAAUAAGCAAAAAAAAGCACCGCAACGAUGUCGCAACUUUGACCGAGACGGAACAUGCAAAUAUGGUCCCAAGUGUCGUUUUGCGCAUUUAGCGCCUAUUUUCGAAUCGACAUCCCAGACCCAGGAGAACAAGCGUGACAAUCUCGACGAAAACGAAAAUGAACUAUGGUUUCAUAUUGAAGUGCGCUUUCCGCCAGGCAGUCGCUAUCCUUAUGAGGCGCCUCUUAUCUAUCUGAAGACAACCUGUCAUGACAUACCGCAUGAGCUGCGCCUUCGUUAUGCGCGCCAUCUGUACCGCGAGGCACGGGAAAUUUGCCGCGAUGGCAUUCCUUGUGUAUAUAGCAUAUGCGAAAUGCUGCAGUCGGACGAGCAACUGGCUGGCCAUUUAGAUACGUCAUGUUUUCCUUCGAACAAGCAAUCCUUGUUCUAUGAAGAGCCGGAGGCGGGUGGUUCUGCCUCCAACGGUGGUAACGAUAAUAUUCCUAGGCCCACUCACUAUGAGCGUGGGCAGACGUCACGUAAUGACAGCGGCUAUCGACGCAAUGAUGAGGAGUUAACACGCGAAAAUCGGCGCCACCUGCAGCAGUUUAAUGAGCGGCGCAAGGAUGAACGCUACCACAAGGUGAUUGAGGGCCGACGACAGUUACCUGCAUUCGCAGAAAUGGAGCAUAUUUUGGCACUAGUUGAAAAUGCACAGGUGGUGGUCAUAUCGGGUGAAACAGGCUGUGGAAAAUCCACGCAGGUGCCGCAAUUUCUACUUGACAAUUGGUUUUAUCGGGCGCAGCAGCAAGAACGAACGGCAAUGCCACAUGUAGAAAUAAUUUGCACACAGCCGCGGCGUCUCUCGGCUAUUGGUGUAGCGGAGCGUGUGGCAGCAGAGCGGUUGGAUCGCAUCGGGAAUCUAGUGGGCUACCAGAUACGUCUGGAGAACAAGAUAUCACAGAGCACACGUCUUACUUUUUGCACCACGGGAAUAUUGUUGCGACGCCUGGCCUCAGAUCCCAUGUUAAGUAGCGUCACUCACGUCAUUGUGGACGAGGUUCAUGAGCGCUCCGAGGAGUCUGACUUUCUGCUGCUUAUACUAAAGCACGUGCUACGUGAGCGCAAAGAUCUAAAAGUGAUACUCAUGUCGGCAACACUUAAUGCUGCCCUCUUCUCAAACUACUUUGGAGGGGCGCCCGUGCUGGACAUACCAGGGCGCACUUUUCCUGUAGAACAACUUUUUCUUGAAGACAUUUUGGAGGCUAGCGACUUUGUAAUGGAGACUGAUACAAAAUAUUGUCGCAAGCUUAAGAAACAGGAGCAGGAUGUACUCCAACGCGAGUUGGAGCACGCGGACGUCCAAGCCAUGGGGGAGCCACCGGGAAAAAAGAUCAAAGAUGAGAAGCUGACACUAGCAGAAACUUACUUACGUUAUGCAGACUACAGCAGGACUACUUGCAAGUCUAUCUACCUCAUGGAACCCAUGACAAUUAAUCCCGAGCUUAUUGAAUCUGUGCUCAAGUAUAUCGUGGAGGGGUUGCAUACAUGGCCCCGCGAGGGAACCAUAUUGGUCUUCCUACCAGGUCUCCAGGAAAUUCAAACGGUCUACGAUGCUCUGCUGGAUAGCUCGCUUUUUUCGCCGCGCACCGGCAAGUUUGUCUUAGUGCCGCUACACUCGGCACUGUCCAGUGAGGAUCAGAGCUUGGUCUUUAAGCGUGCCCCACCCGGAAAGCGUAAGAUCGUGCUUAGCACCAACAUUGCCGAAACAUCGAUAACUAUUGAUGACUGCGUUUUCGUUAUCGACUGUGGUCUGAUGAAGGAGAAAUGCUUCGAUUCCAACCGCAACAUGGAGUCGCUCGACUUGGUCUGGGUUUCGCGUGCCAAUGCCAAGCAGCGGAAAGGUCGCGCAGGUCGUGUCAUGUCCGGCAUUUGUAUUCAUCUGUAUACGAGCUAUCGCUACUACUAUCAAAUUCUUGCUCAGCCAGUACCCGAAAUACAGCGCGUGCCGCUCGAGCAGAUUGUGUUGCGGAUCAAAACGCUGCAAAUGUUUGCUUCACGUAACACGCUAGGAGUGCUGCUCGAAACCUUGGAAGCGCCCUCCGAGGACAGUGUCCUUGGUGCACUAACGCGUCUUCGUGACGUUGGUGCUUUGGACUCGAACGAUCAAUUAACACCACUGGGCCAUCAUUUGGCCGCGCUACCUGUUGACGUACGAAUAGGAAAGUUGAUGCUAUACGGCUCUAUAUUCCAGUGCCUUGACAGUGUGCUGACGAUUGCCGCUUGCCUCAGCCACAAAUCGCCGUUCGUGAGUCCGCUUAACAAGCGUACUGAAGCGGACAAAUGCAAACGCGCCUUUGCCGUUGGAAACAGUGAUCACCUAACCGUAUUGCAAGCGUAUAAAAAAUGGCUGGAGGUAUCGCAACGUGGCAACUACUCGGCUAGUCGAAACUACGCAAGCGAGCACUUCCUUUCACAAAACGCGUUGGAGACCAUUGCAGAUCUAAAAUAUCAAUUUCUAGAACUGCUUGUCUCCAUUGGCAUUGUGCCGCUUAAUGUGCCUCGCCGUCGAAAGAAUGCUAGCGAUAACAUUCUUGAGCUGACAGGUAUUGGGCAUAACAUUAACGGUGAAAAUAAUAAGUUGAUCACAUCGCUGAUUUGUGCUGCGCUAUAUCCUAAUAUUGUGAAGAUAAUGACGCCCGAACGCGUCUAUAUUCAAACCGCUGGAGGCGCUGUACCACGCGAGCCGACUCACUUGGAUUUACGCUUCAAAACACGCGGCGAUGGCUAUGUGCGAAUACAUCCGUCCUCGGUCAACUCACAGGUUGCUGUCUUCCAAGCACCUUUUCUUGUCUACCAAGAAAAAGUUCGUACAUCAUCCAUAUAUAUUCGGGACUGUUCUAUGCUGCCACUUAUUGCAUUGAUUUUGUUCGCUGGCAGUGACUUUAAGGUGGAACUACAUGAUGGGGACUUUCUAUUUCUGCUCGAAAGUGGUUGGAUCAUUCUCAAGGCGUACAACCAUGAGACGGCAGAAAUGGUGCAGUGCCUACGUUCGGAGCUGAUCAAGCUGUUAGAGGAAAAGAUACGCGAUCCAUGCCUUAAUUUGCUAAAUCACAAAAAUGGCUGCAAGAUCAUUGCAAACAUCGUCUAUCUUAUUAGCAAGAAUAAUUAAAAUCAUUUAACAAGUUGUGUUAUAUGUGUACGAGUGUGAGCCGAUUAUGUGUUAGGGAUAUUAACAAAUUUAUAGCAUGUUACUGUAGAUAUUAAAAUUGUGUAUAUUUAUAUAUGUUAAUCGUUAUCAAAAGUAGCAGACAUCGAAAGCAGCGACCUUAGGCUUUUUAUUCAAAAUACAGGGUUGCGGACUUGAAAGAUUCAUUUGAACGUACAUGUAAAUAUCAUAUGUAGAACUUCCGCAGAUUAGCUGUUUUCCUUUGGCGAUACAGCAGAUCAAAGUCGUUUUAUAUUUUUAUAUGAAAAGAAUUUUUGUAUGUACAACUUUAUGUUUAAAAAGAUAAGUGCUCGAAAUUUUGUAUAAGUGUAUAUAGGUCUGUUGUUGGCGAAUUGAACGUUGAUGACCCAAUGCAAAAAGGUUAAAUAAAUCAUUCAAAAGUGUAAA